CUUCAAAGACAGAGAUACUCUGCCAGCCACAGAAACAGAGGCGGUAGCAGCAGCAGCAGCAGCAGCUUAAAAGUUGACGUAUCACACACUCAAAGACCCCCCAAACUCUGCACAACAUGUCGAAACGCGCACGAAGGGAGUCGGAAGCCCUCAUCGCCGAGCAGACACACGAGGCCACGGCCAAGAAACACACCCUCGACACCGCCGCUGCAGCCCCGGACGUGAUGUGGUGUUCGCUACCUCCGCAUAGGGAGACACUCUCCUUCACCUCGUACGAGGACUACGAAGCCCAUUAUCUCCAGUUCCAUGUGAACCGGUGUGCGGACUGUGGCAAGAACUUCCCCACGACACACUUUAUGAACCUUCAUAUCGAGGAGAACCAUGACUCCCUCGUCGCGACGAGGAGAGACCGAGGCGAGAAAACGUAUGCCUGUUUUGUGGAAGAUUGUGAUCGGAAAUGUUCCACCCCCCAGAAACGCAGAAUGCACCUGAUAGACAAACAUAUGUUUCCAAAGACGUACAAUUUCUACAUCGUCAAAGAUGGGAUAGACAAGCAGUCGUCGAUGCUACGACCGGCACCUUCCCAUCGCCGCCGCAUUUCGACUUCAACAGCCAUAUCAGCUUCGAAUACUGCCUCUACGGCGCAGGAAGGUCGGCUGCGACGGCGCCAGUCUUCCUACUCGUCUCCGGCAGGGCCUGUCAAGGAUCUCCAGUGUGCUAGUGUAGUAUCUCAUCUUCCUUCCUCAUCGACUGCACAGGAUUUGGAGAUUGAUGAACUAGAGCGGUCCAUGUCUGCGCUACGGUUUAUCCCUGCGAGUGUGACGAGAUAUCAAGGGAAAGAGAAGAAGUGAUAUCAUUCAUAUUCAUAUUCAUGUUCCAUAGAAAGUAUAUAGUUAAAAUUAAGAGAGCGAAAAAAAAAUUAAUUGAUGAAAUAUGGCCUCG